AUGUCAGGUCGAACGCCUAGUUUCAUCGUUGUUGGUCUUGUGAUCAUUAUGUUCCUUUUGGGCCUAUUUUACAUGUCGUGUUCGUCAAAAAAUACUGAACUCCGUCUUUCAGUCGAGCAAUUCGAAGAUCGUAUUCGAUCGUUGACAAAAAAGAAUAGUGAUGCAGAGAAGAAGGUCGACGAUAUGAAUUCGCGUAAACGUGAACUUGAAGAAGAGAAAUUGAAUUUACAAAAGCAAAUGGAGAAGAAAGACUCGGAAAUCAAUGAUUUGAAUACGAAAUUAAAUGAAAAAAACGCCGAAAUUGAAAGUUUGAAAUCCGAUAAAACUGUUGCUGAUGAACAAUUGAAAGAACUUAAAACAAUAAGAGAUGCGUUGACAGAAAAGAGCAGUCUAAUCGAACAAUUACAACAACAACUGCAAAAUCUAAAACAAUCCGGAAAUGAUGAACUCACUCGAUUGAAACAAGAAUACGAAACAUUGAAGAGUAAUCGACCUUCACAAAAUAAUCAAGUAUCUGCUAAUAUUAGUGAACAAUCAAAUACAUUUCCGAUACCACCUAAACGUUAUGAGCCUAUAGUAUUAAAUAAUCAAACAACUCGCAGUUUAUCCGCCUUAUUUCAAGAUCCGUUAAAUAAACUGAAUAAUCUAACGAAAGAAGUCAAAGCAGAUAUUGUUCCUGCUGUGAUCGAUAUGAAAGAUAGAGCUCUGAAUGCAUUGGGUAUCAAUACAAAUUCAUCGACAACUGACGUAGCAAAUGAUCAGCAACAAGUUGGUCAGAAUGUCCCUCCACCACCGGCUGCAGCUCAAGUGGAUAAUCCUAAUCAAGAAAAUCAACUUGGUGUGGAUAAUUUACGAAAAGAUCAACGUUUUCAACGCACGUUUGAUAAUGGAGUUGCCAGCAAUCGAUAUAGUAAAUUAGCAGCUGAUCAAGAGAAUAACGAGAAGAAGCAAUUAGGCAUUAAUAAUGUCCAAGAGAAUAACAAUAAUUACCGAAUAGCUAAUCGUGAUCAAGAUCGAGUGAAUCGAAAUGAACAACGUUUAGACAAUGGUGAGGAAAUCGAAAACGAUGAUGAAAUUGAUGAUGUUAAUCAACGUCGGCGAAAGAGAACUGUCUUAUAA